CAGUUUUGACCACACAGAGUAUCCUUAAGUAGGGGGACUCAACAUUAAUCAAAAUCUGACUUCCUGUUUGGAUUGGACCAUCAACAAGUUACUGUAUAGAUUGUGUUCCUAAAGACCCAGACCCUCCACAUCAUGGACACACUAGGACUCAGCACUCAGCUAAAAGUACGACAAUGUUUUCAAUGUCAGGGGGACACUGAGUUUUACUGUAACACAUGUAAACGUGAUCUGUGUUUACAGUGUAAAGAGAAACAUGUCAUUGAUCUACAUACCAAACACCAUGAUGUUGUGAUUUACCGUGAGAAGUUUAACUACAUCCCCAGACAAGAGAUCUGUGUCAGACAUCCAGACAGGUUCUAUGAAAUGUUCUGUCAGUCGUGUGAACUUUCUGUCUGUUUCCGAUGUUUAGAGCACCGAAAACACCAAAUACUGGACAUUAGAACAGCCUAUCAAACAAAGCGACAACAACACCAAGAAAUCAUUGACACCAUCAGAAGUGAGACUCUCUAUAACUGUCGUGUUCUCCUGGCAGGAAUCCAAACUGAUAUCCAAACUUGUCCCCCACAAAUCUGUCACCGUCAAUCACAGAUGUCAACAAAAGCCCAGAGACUGAAGGAUCUGAUUGACACUGCGGUAUGUGAUGUUAAAACAAGAUACCGAGGUUUAUUGAUUGAUAGAAUACAACAUCAGAAGAGAAAAAUGAACAGACACCUCACCCACAUACAGAACUAUGAAGACAAAUAUGAACAAUCAGCAAACAGAGCAGUACAAUUCCUCUUGUUUAUAAAGACCAGUCGUGUCCCCCAGAUAAAGGACACCCCUAAUCUUCCACAACACCUGCUGCUGUCCCUGACUGAGGGAUUCAACAUGGAGGAUGUCAGUCAGUUAUUGAGGGGAAUCCCAGAAAUCCAAAUGACAACAGGAAAACGACAAGUAGGAAUAGACGAGUGUGUGAAACUGAUGUCCACACCUGUAUUACACACGUCUGUCUGUGUGACAGGUGUUAAUUGUGUGUUACACAUAUCUCGUGUGAUGUCAGACCGGGUCUGGGUCUCUGAUUAUGACAAUCUCAUCUUGACAGACACAACAGGAGACACUAUACACCAUGUGACAGAUAUAUCAUCAUGGUAUGGAGUACACACAGUGAACAGUUCUGGUGAACUGAUUUAUAUAGACAGUGAACGUAACAUCAACAAACUGUCUGUGAACAAUCAAACAGUCACCACACAGAUAGAGUAUACAUCACCAUGGCAACCAGUGUGUGUGUACUGCUCCCCGUCCACUGGAGAUCUGAUGGUCGGGAUGUGUAACUAUAAAACAGGCAAGGUAACCCGGUACAACAGUAGUGGUCAACACAUCCUGACCAUACAACACGACAACAAACGUCACACGAUGUAUAGUCGUCCUCAUUAUAUCACGGAGAACAAUAACGGUGAUAUUAUUGUGUCUGACUUGUUACGUGUAGUAGUGACAGAGCGCGGGGGGAGACAUCGAUUCUCCUACACAGGACCUCCAUCAGGAUCAUCACUAUUACCACGUGGAAUCUGUACAGACGCGCUGUCACACAUCCUGGUGUGUGAUCAUAACACCCACACAGUACAGAUGAUUGACAAGGACGGUCACUUCCUGUCUCUGUUACUGACACGACAACACAGGAUAAACAGACCACGCAGCCUGAACUAUGAUGAUAAAACUCACCUUCUCUGGGUCGGAUCAUGGUACACCAACACAGUGUCUGUAUAUAGAUAUCUACAGAGGAGGUACUCUCUGACUGAUAAUCCAGACAGAGACGAGCGGAUCACGGAAGCUUCAAGUUAGGAGAUUCAGGAAUCUGGAACAGAGCUGGGAAUCAGUGAAGAGUCCGAGUUUGAAGAAAACUGUGAGGAUCUGAACAUCUGAGGACAUUGCUGACUAUUUGAUAUUUAAACAGUAUUUUAUUAUGAUAAUUCAUGAUAGGAUUGGACAGCAGGCAUUGCCUAUAAGUCCUCUCCAUAGAAGGGCAUUGCUGAAUCAGGGAGCAGUUGAAAUAAUUGUGUAGAGGAAUUUGAUGAUGAUCAGAAAUCAGAGGAAUCUGAAGAGGACACUCCUGAAUCUGAUGAGGACACUCCUGAAUCCCGAUGUCCGUGGUGUCUCAACAUUUUCAAUUGUCAACAUUAAGUUGAAAUAAGUCAAUGCAUCCAUAGAUAUGUGUUGUGUGAUUUUGAAAGACGAGAAACCAAUGGACCAUAUUAUUUGUGUCAUCUUUGAUAUAUAAUGUUCCAAACCUCAUUCUGUCGUAACACUUGACAUAAACUUUUCAUUUGUGAGGAAUGUUUGGAAAAUGAGUAAACUGAUUCUGAUAGUGAGGAUGUUCCUGAAACAAACUCGAGGAUGAGCAGAAACAAUGAAAUAGGUGAAAGUAGCGAUGAUUAGGUUUUAGAGGAGACCCGCGAAAAUGAGGAUAAAUAAGAUGUGUUUGGUUAAUUACAUUGAAAUAAUACAGAACUGUCGCCAAGUAGACAAACGACUUUUUCAACUAAAUUUGUUGCCUUUCUUAGAAUUUCUGUCAUUUUUGAAGCUGAAAUUGUCAGUCACUAAAAUUACAAUCAUGUAUCCCCCAAAGUAUUUAUCUUCUAGAAUAUUACAGUUAUAUAUUGAUUAUAUAUUAAAUUGUGUAUACAUUUAGAUAUCUGGUUUGUAUAAUUGUUAUUAACAAUGCAUUGUUUGAAGAAUAUUAUAUCAAAAUAUAAUAUUGUCACGUAAAA